AUGAACGUCAUCAAGCUGCAGAGGAAGUAUCCUCAGUUCGACCAGUCCGAGAUCUUCGGCCUCACCGACGCCUUCCGCAAGCUCGACGUCGACGACAAGGGCUACCUCGAAGAGGCCGCCGUGAUCAAGGCCACUCAGGCCUCGGAGCGCCAGCCGUACGAUGUCGUCAGACAGGCCCUGAAGGAGGUCGAGCUGGACAGCUCGCGGCGCGUCGAGCUCGAGGACUACGUCGACCUCAUUGCCAAACUGCGCCAAUCAUCCCCCGCCCAGCAGCGCAUGCAGACGGGCCCCACGCGCCCACGAGGCCUCAGCGGCGCCCAGGCCCCGCAAUCGCCCGUCUACGGCCACAAGUCGCAGGGCAGCCACGGCGGCGGCAGGAUACAGGUCCAGGGCUCGUCCGCCAACGUCACCCACACCAUCAACGAGGAUGAGCGCGUCGCCUUCACCAGCCACAUCAAUGCCGUGCUCGCCGGCGAUCCCGACAUUGGCAACCGCCUGCCCUUCCCCACCGACACGUUCGAGAUGUUCGACCAGUGCAGGGACGGCCUGCUGCUGGCCAAGCUGAUCAACGACAGCGUGCCCGACACCAUUGACGAGCGUGUCCUCAACCGCCCGGGCAAGAAGAUUUCCAAGCUCAAUGCUUUCCACAUGACCGAGAACAACAACAUUGUCAUCGAGUCGGCCAAGGGUAUCGGAUGCUCCGUCGUCAACAUCGGCAGCCAGGACAUCGCCGAGGUCCGCGAGCACCUGAUCCUCGGUCUGAUCUGGCAGAUCAUUCGCCGCGGUCUGCUGGGCAAGAUCGACAUCAAGCUCCACCCCGAGCUGUACAGACUGCUGGAGGAGGACGAGACCCUGGAGCAGUUCCUGCGCCUGCCUCCGGAGCAGAUUCUGCUCCGCUGGUUCAACUACCACUUGAAGAACGCAAAGUGGCACCGCACCGUGUCCAACUUCUCCACCGACGUCAAGGACGGCGAGAACUACACCGUUUUGCUGAACCAGCUGAAGCCCGACAUUUGCUCUCGCGCUCCUCUGCAGACCCCCGAUCUCCUCCAGCGUGCCGAACAGGUCCUCGACAACGCCGACAAGCUCGACUGCCGCAAGUUCCUGACGCCCUCGUCCCUCGUCGCCGGAAACCCCAAGCUAAACCUGGCCUUCGUCGCCAACCUCUUCAAUACGCACCCCGGCCUCGAUGCCAUCACCGAGGAGGAGAAGGCCGAGAUUGAGGACUUUGAUGCCGAGGGCGAGCGCGAAGCCCGCGUCUUCACCCUCUGGCUCAACUCGCUCGACGUCCAGCCGAGCGUCCAGAGCUUCUUCGACGAUCUCCGCGACGGCCGCAUCAUCCUGCAGGCCUACGACAAGGUCAUCCCUGGAAGUGUCAACUGGCGCCACGUCAACAAGCUGCCUCCCAGCGGCGGCGAGAUGAUGCGUUUCAAGGCCGUCGAGAACACCAACUACGCCGUGGAGCUCGGCAAGCACGUCGGAUUCAGCUUGGUUGGAAUCCAGGGUGCCGACAUCACCGACGGCCAGCGUACUCUCACUCUGGGUUUGGUGUGGCAGCUGAUGCGCAGGGACAUUGUCAACACCAUUGGCACUCUGGCACAGCGCUUGGGCAAGCGUGAGAUUACGGAUUCAGACAUGGUCAAGUGGGCCAACGACAUGUCCCGCGCCGGAGGCAAGACCAGCUCCAUCCGCUCCUUCAAGGAUUCGUCGCUGUCCAACGCCGUCUUCCUACUCGACGUUCUCAACGGAAUGAAGAGUUCUUACGUCGACUACGACCUCGUCGCUCCUGGCCGCACCGAGGACGAGGCCUACGCCAACGCCAAGCUGGCCAUCAGUAUCGCGCGUAAGAUGGGCGCCACCAUUUGGCUCGUUCCCGAGGAUAUUUGCUCCGUGCGCAGCCGUCUCAUUACGACUUUCAUCGGUAGCUUGAUGGCGACGCACGAGAAGAUGCAUUGA